CCGGAGAUGGGGGCCCUGCGCCCCCUCGGUCCUCCCGCGGGACCCGCCGCCCCGCCGUCCCCGGGGCCCCCGCCACCGCCGCUGCGUCCCCCGGGGCCCCUCCGGAGCCGCCUCCAGGCCCCGGGCCACCGCCGCCGGCGUUGCCUGUCCCUCUGGGGGCCCUGAGAGUCCGGACGCUCUUCUGCUCUCGCUCCGCUGCCAGGAAGCACUGCCUCUGCUGCCGCCACCAAGAUGAGCGUCGAGGGCCAAGAGUUCGCCCUGGAUCUCGGGGCCAGCUUCACGGAGGACGCCCCUCGGCCGCCGGUCCCCGGGGAGGAAGGCGAGCUGGUUCCCUUGGAGCCCCGGCCGGCAGGCCAGGGCUUCUACUGCGGGAAAGGCGAUGCCCUGAAGGCGGCGGAGGCCCCUGGGGCCACCCCACGGAGGCCCGACCUGGACCUGGGCUACGAACCCGAGGGCAGCGCCUCCCCCACGCCCCCCUACCUGCGCUGGGCCGGCUCCCUGCACUCCCUGCUGGACGACCAGGACGGCAUCCACCUCUUCCGGACCUUCCUGAAGCAGGAGGGCUGCGCGGACCUGCUGGACUUCUGGUUCGCCUGCAGCGGCUUCCGGAAGCUGGAGCCCUGCGAGUCCAACGAGGAGAAGCGGCUGAAGCUGGCCAAGGCCAUCUACAAGAAGUACGUUCUGGACGGCCAGGGGAUCGUCUCCCGGCAGAUCAAGCCAGCCACCAAGAGCUUCAUCAAGGACUGCGUGCUGAAGCAGCUGAUCGACCCGGCCGUCUUCGACCAGGCCCAGACCGAGAUCCAGUCCACCAUCGAGGAGAACUCCUACCCGCUCUUCCUCAAGUCAGACAUCUACCUGGAGUAUACCAGGACGGGUGGGGAGAGCCCCAAGGCCUAUGGCGACCAGAGCCCGGGCUCUGGGGCGGGGAAGGGUCUCCCGGGCUAUUUGCCCACCCUCAACGAGGACGAGGAGUGGAAGUGCGACCAGGAGGCCGAGGAGGGAGGGGGCCCGCUGGGUCUGGCGGUGGGGGCUGCCCCCCGGGACUCUCUGCCCUCUGGCCGGCUCACCCAGAAGCUGCUCCUGGAGACGGCCACCCAGCGGGCUGCCUCCUGCCCCUCUCCUUCGGCCACUGCUGCCACGACCGCCUCCCGGCGAUACAGCGAGGGAAGAGAGUUCAGGCACGGACCCUGGAGGGAGCCGGUCCAUCCCUACUAUGUCAACACGGGCUAUGCCCUGGCUCCAGCCACCAGCGCCAAUGACAGCGAGCAGCACAGCAUGUCCAGUGACGCAGACACCAUGUCGCUGACCGACAGCAGCGUAGACGGGAUCCCUCCGUACCGACUCCGGAAGCAGCAUCGCAGAGAAAUGCAAGAAAGUGCCAAAGCAAAUGGACGUGUGCCUCUACCUCACAUUCCUCGUACUUACCGAAUGCCAAAGGAUAUCCACGUUGAACCACAGAAGUUUGCUGCUGAGCUGAUCAACCGGCUGGAGGAGGUCCUGAGGGACCGGGAGGCGGAAGCCAAGUUGGAGGAGCGCCUGAAGCGUGUGCGCGCGGAAGAAGAAGGCGAGGAGGCAGACCUCCCUUCGGGGCCCUCCCUAGGGAGCCACAAGGUACCCCCUGCUCAGCUCCUGCCCCACUUCGCCCCCCGCUACGCCGAGAUGACACUGAGGGAUGCCCAUGAGGAGAAUCCUGAGACCAUUCUCGACGAGCAUGUCCAGCGGGUCAUGAAGACACCAGGCUGCCAGUCUCCCAAGCCCCACUCCCCGGACAGUGGCCCAGUGGCCCCCGGCAAGCUCCAUGGUCUGACGGGGGGCCUGGUCUCACUAGGGCACAGCAAGCACCAUGCGGCCAAGACUGGGCUCAAGUUGGAGGGUGCUGGCCUCUACCACCACAAGCACGUCUACCACCACGUGGUCCACCACCAUGGCUCCAUUAAGCCCAAAGAGCUACCGCCUCCACUAGGCGAGGCUGAAUCCCCUGGCCAGCGUGGGCCUGGCCCUUUUGGCUGGGGGCUAGAAGCCACCCAUGGCUCUGUCCCCAAGCCACGCCUCUACGGGGAAAACAUGUGCCUGGCCCCUGGACCCCUGGACCCCAUGGCAUACAGUGGGAAAGCCGGUCUCCUCUCCAAGCGCAACAUUAAGAAAGGCGAGGUGGGGAAGGGUGACGGUGGCGGAGGGGCCGGCUAUGAGGUGCCUGGCUCCCCAGAGGAUGUGGAGAGGAACCAGAAGAUCAUGCAGUGGAUCAUUGAAGGCGAGAAGGAGAUCAGCCGGCACAAGAAGACAAGCCACAGCUCUUCCAGUGCCAAGAAGCAGCUGGGCCAUGACCUGCCACGACCAGCAUCUGUUGAGCGGCCCGUUGCCCUCCACCCCUGGGUCAGUGCGCAGCUGCGGAAUGUGGUGCAACCCUCGCACCCCUUCAUCCAGGACCCCACCAUGCCUCCCAACCCUGCCCCUAACCCACUGACUCAGCUGGAGGAAGCCCGGCGACGGCUGGAGGAAGAGGAGAAGCGGACUGGGAAGCUGCCAGGCAAACAGCGGUAUGUUCAAGAGGUCAUCCAGCGUGGCCGCUCCUCUGUCAGGCCCGCCUGUAUGCCAGUGCUGAAUGUGGUGCCCGCCGUCUCCGACCUGGACCUCUCCGAGUCCGAGGGGAAGAGUCAGAAGAAGCCGGGUGGAUCCACCACGUCCGCCCAGCCCUGCGAGAACAUUGUGGUGGCCUACUACUUCUGCGGGGAGCCCAUCCCCUACCGCACCUUGGUCAAGGGCCGCGUGGUCUCCCUGGGACAGUUCAAGGAGCUGCUCACCAAGAAAGGGAACUACAGGUAUUACUUCAAGAAAGUGAGUGACGAGUUUGACUGCGGCGUGGUCUUUGAAGAGGUGCGAGAGGACGAGGCCGUCCUUCCCAUCUUUGAAGAGAAGAUCAUUGGGAAGGUGGAAAAAAUCGACUAGCCUGGAGUGAGGCCAGGAGCAGUGCAGGGGUGGGGGCAUGGGGAGCCUUGUGAGAGGGACCCUCCUGCCCCCCUCUUCUUGGGGAGAGGGUGCCGCAGAGUGGGGCUGCCCUCUUUGGUACUGCCUCUAAUGAAAGCUCUCAGUGGAGAAGAUCUGACACUGAAUUGUCUCAGCUAAAUUGGCCCCUUACUUCCAGAAUUAGCUGGGGAGGGAGGAGUGAGCAAGUGGGGGUCUGUAUUUGCUCCAUGUGCCUGCCGUGAGCACCCCCCCCCCAGGGGCUUGGACAUUUUGUCCCCCUCCCCUUUGGGUUUCUUAGGUGUAUGUCCCUGAUUGCCCCAGCCUUCCAGAGUUACCUGAGCUUUGAUCAGGGCUCAAGGAGUUUCUGCACGUUGCUCGGUCCUUUUCUAGUUUGGGGGAGUUUGGGCAGGGAUUGAGGGCGGCCCCCCCCCCCACCCAGCCAGCCACUUGGUCCCAGGGUUCUUGGUGUGGUCUGUAGGCAGUUCCCCACCCCCUUGGCCAGAGCUGUCCUGUGUAUGGUGGGUAUGCCCUUUCCUUCCUCCGAUCGGGGGCUUCCUGCCCCCAUUUCUCAAGUUCUCCCCUGCAGGAAUUUGGGUUGAGGGUCUCACUGCUGUAUCUCCCCACCUCGUUCUGCUGCUGCUGCUGCCUUGGCUGGGUCUCAUGGCAGCCCCUUGCACUGGAGGGGUGCAGGGGGCGGAAGACUGGACUGUGGCCAGGCUGCCCACUAGAGCCCCCUCCUUGCCUGCUCAUCACUGAGUGCCUUCGAACCACACCACUCUCCUCUGUUUUGGUCCCAAGAGGCUGACAGACAGUUGCCUCUCUUCUGGGGCUCUGCUUGGGGUCCCCACCCAAAGGGAUUUUUAAUGCACCUGGCUUGGCUGUUGUGGGUCCCUCGUUUCCCUUUUUUUCUGAAGGGGGCUCAAUUGUAAAUAUGUACAUUUUAUAAGCGAAGUGUUGGCUGCCAGCAGUGGGGCGAUUCACAGCUGGUGCCUCCGGGACAUUUUUCACACCUUGUACAAUUUAUCUUUUGAAAGGUACUUGGAUAAUAAUUAUGGAAUAAAACCCUAUGUUCAAAUGA